UAAAGCUCGACUGUUGACUGCUAGAAAGGGAUGAGUAGCUCGGAAGAUAUUAAAACCACCCAAUGAAACUGGAAUAAAAGUUCACUCAAAAUGAGCUGGAUUCCCUUUAAGAUCGGACAACCGAAGAAGCAGAUUGUCUCUAAAACGGUUGAAAGAGACUUCGAGCGAGAAUAUGAGAAACUCCAAAAGCUGGAGGAUCAGACGAAAAAGCUUCACAAGGACAUGAAGAAAAGCACUGAGGCUGAUUUAGCCAUGUCCAAAGCAGCAGUGAAGAUCUCUGGGGAUCUGCUGAGCAACCCGCUGUGUGAGCAGGACCAGGCCUUCCUGGACUCCAUGACUGCUUUAGACACAGCCAUGAAGAGGAUGGACUCCUUCAACCAGGAGAAGGUCAACCAGAUCCAGAAGACUGUUAUCGACCCUCUGAAAAAGUACAGUGGCGUCUUUCCCAGCCUCAACAUGGCAGUGAAGCGCCGGGAACAGGCUCUGCAGGACUACAAACGGCUGCAAUCCAAAGUGGAGAAGUAUGAAGAGAAGGAGAAAACCGGGCCCGUUAUGGUCAAACUACAUCAGGCCAGAGAGGAGCUGCGACCGGUCAGAGAGGACUUCGAUGUGAAGAACAAGCAGCUGCUGGACGAGAUGCCCAAAUUCUACCACAGCCGCAUCGACUACUUCCAGCCCAGCUUCGAGGCUCUCAUCAGGGCUCAGGUUGUAUACUUCACCGAAAUGUACACGAUCUUCAGCGAUUUAACAGACCAGAUCGACCAGGCAGGGCUGACAGACGAGCAGAGGGAGAGGGAGACGGAGGCCAAGCUCGGCGAGUUGAGAGCUCUGUCCAUUGUCGCCGACGACUGAGGGAGGAAAGCCGAAAAGAACCGGGAAGGGCUCCUUUCAUGCCUCUGUGAAUGGACUUCACUCUUUUCAGGCUCCUUCGUGCAGUUCAAACGGACAGCAAUGGCCUUAACCUGAUUAUCAGAUUGUUUCCUUGCGGCCUCAUCACCCCCCCUCCCCCGUUCCUCUUGCACUACACUCCCAUGUUUCAUCCUCUACAGCAGCUGAAAUGCCACAUUAACGAAGCCAUCAGCCAACAUGAGAAGCCAAUAUGUUGUUAUAUUUUAGUAAAGGAAUCAAAUGGUUCUCGUCAGAGCUAAUUACCACGGUUACGCUUCAUGCUUUCCGAGACGUCUAGGAGCAUUUGUUUUUUAAAGCAGGAAAUGAGCAAGGAAAUGUUUUUUUUAAUAGUCACAUCUGCAAUGUUACAACAAUAUGUGAUGCGUUGUUUUUAUUACCCAAGUUUGGAAUGAUCAACACUACAGACUGAAUGUUAUGUAAGUUACCGGCUAAAACAAAUGUGUUUCGUUUUGUGCUGGUUGUCUCUUAGUUUAGCUCUGUGCCAUGUUGUGUGGGGGCUUUUUAUCGGGGGCUUUUUAUCGGGGUCUACAGGAUGAUAUUGGGAACAUCACCUGUGCAUUAUGUGCCUACAUCGUCCUGACUGUGGAUGAAACUCAAGUGAAGUGAGGUUGUGCCUGUGCAGCGAGGUCGAAACAAAGGCUGGUGCUCCCUCUAGUGGACAACACUCAUGACACCAAUUAUUUCCUUUAAUUCACACCAUCCUUUCUUUGUUUUAUUGUUUGUGGUUCCGUUUUUGUUUGCAAAGAACCUCGUGCAUUGUUGGCACCCGAGAGAAGUCUUUUCUCUGUACCGGGGUCAGAAGACAACGUUAACAUUUGUUGUCUUUUAAUUCGGACUAAAUCAUUGCACUCCUUUGUUUCCACCUUUAUCAGGUUCUGCCUCAGUAUGAUAAAUAAUGGAGCUAUGUGAAAUGGAUGGCUCCCAUAUCAUGUUAGUGUUUUUUUUUUUGUUCAAAGGUGUCAUACCAAGAAGUUGACUAUUUAUUAUUUUAAAAUAAUUUUUUUCAUUGACUGUCUUUUUUUCUGUUUGUAUUAAUGAAGGUUUUUCUAAAUAAUUCAGUUGUAGCUUUUCUAACAUAACUAAGUGGAUACUUUAACAUUAGAGUGGGAUUUAAAAAUAGCUUUUUAAAAUGUAUUAAUAUGACAAUCUGUUAAAUAUCUGUUUUUCAGCCAUCAUCUCAAUGUACAGUCAAUCAUGAAAUAAAUUAACUGUAUAAAUCUUA